AUGACUUUGCUCUUCAAUAGUGCCAAUCGCCAAGUAGCAGGUUUUGCUAUCGCCACCAUAGGAUGGAUCCUCUUCACCACUUCCAUGGGCCUUGUAGAGUGGCGAUUGUGGUACAUGGAGAAUCCCUCUCAUUCAACUCAUGGCCUUGCCUGUGUGGGAAUAUGGAGAAUCUGCAUUUAUCACCAACAGUAUAACUCCAACCUCAGCCACACCAAAUCGUGUCACCAAUACACCUAUUAUGAUGCUUUCCUCCCUGUCAGUAUUCGAGUUUCUCAACAUCUUCUGCUGGCUGCCAAUCUUCUAGGGCUCCUGGGGAAGGCUUCAAUCACCUUUGCACUUAGGAAUGUAUACAUGAGCCUUGUUUGGAGGAAUAGCUUCUUCAACCCACUUGUUUUUUCUGGAAUCCUAUACAUAACUGCUAGUGUCUGUGUCUCAGUGACUGUACUCUGGAAUUAUUACUCCGUUGUGAAUGUAGAGGGGAUUGCCUUCCCACCAUCUUUCCGUGUGCCCUUCAAGCCAGAUGCUCAGGAAGCUGGGAGUGCGAUUUUCAUGGCAGCCCUAGCUGCCUUCCUGAUGUUCUCAAGUGGUAUGGUUUUCUGCUUUUACAGUACACCCCUGGACAGAAAAGUGCAUCCUAAGGUUUCAACACUGUGAAUUUUAUGGUAGUUUUGGCUUUGUAGACACAGAAUUUCCAUUAGUUUGU